AUUUAUGAUAUGAUAUUGGUGCGACAUGGUCUGAUGAUUGUUGGGGAUCCCUUUGGGGGGAAGACCUCAGCCUUUAAGAUCCUUACAGAGGCCCUACAUGUAAUGCAUGACAAAGGACUCAUGGAGGAAAACAAGGUGAUAUACUCCAUAAUUAAUCCCAAGGCCAUCACUAUGGGACAACUGUAUGGUGUUCUGGCUAACACGUUCAGGGAGCAUGCCUCUAACACAUCCCCGGACAGGAAGUGGAUUAUUUUUGACGGACCGGUGGAUGCCGUGUGGAUUGAGAACAUGAACACAGUAAUGGAUGACAACAAAAAGCUGUGCCUGAUGAGUGGAGAGAUUAUCCAGAUGAACAACACACAAAACAUGAUCUUUGAAGCCAUGGACCUAGAGCAGGCAUCCCCCGCCACAGUCAGCAGAUGUAGUAUGAUUUACAUGGACCCACUACAGCUGGGUUAUAACGCUUUAAUCAAGUCCUGGAUUGAGCAUGAACUCCCUAAUAACCUCACAUGGGAACAGAAAGACACCAUCAAGAUGCUGUUUGAGUGGAUGCUGGAGCCGUGUUUGAAUUUCGCGUCUAAGUACUGUAAAUGUCUACUGACGUGUCACCUAAUGCAUCUGACAGCUAGCAUGCUGACCCUCUAUAGCUGUAUGAUGGAGGAUGUCAGAAGACUUGGUUUGGAUGAUGGUGAAGAAGAAGAAGAAGAAGCCUUUUGUAGAGGAGGAUGAGGAAGGAGGGGGAGGAAUGGACUCUGAUGAUGAAGGCUCCAAGGAGAAGUCCCUCACUGACCAGAAGAUCAUGGAGGAAAGAACGGCCAUGCUGAUCACCUACUUCUUCUUCUCCAUGGUCUGGUCGAUUGGGGGUACACUGGACGCCAA